AUUAUCCAGUUUUUGGUUUUGUUUUGUUUUUUCUUUUUUUCCUGGUCGAGGGUCAGUCUGUCCAGGGGGCUAUGCUGAUUUGUCCCAGGGAGUACCGCAUGCCAGUUAUUUGCUCACCCGGUGGUCUCUUUACAGGGUAGGAGCUGGUGUCUGGUGGCACAGGAGCACUUCUGAUUUUAACGUGGCAGGGAGAUGCUGUGCACGGGCUGUAGUUGUGGAGGUGUAGGAGUUUUGCCUCUUCUUGGUGGUUUUUCCUGCUAGGUGUAUUUCCGGUGUCUCUCCAAGAGUUUACUUUAGGAAGCACGCUUUCUGCUUCCUCCCUCUAGUCUUUGGUGGUGUUCUUGAUGCUAGCUAUUCUAGCAGGGGUGAGGUGGAAUCAUAGUCUUCUUUUGCUUUAUGCAGAAUGUUCACAGGUUUUACUUGUACUUAGUAGAACAAAUAAAUUCAUUUCAUUUUAACUGGGAGCAGAAGUUGUAAUUGAUCUGUUUAUUUUGAGUGUAAUUCUGUUUUAAAUAUAAAUAUAUGUUGCCUGUCUGUACAAUGUGUAAUUCUUGAGUAUAAAGCACAUAGUUCUAUAUUGUUGUAAGUAAUCAAAUGCCAUUAAUUAAGCCAGUAUAUAAUGAAAAGAUUUAUAAGGUCUUUGUUUUGAAUCCCACUUUUUAAAGUGCUAAUAUAGAAAUUCCAAUACCUGUUGCUCGUACUGAAAGGAGAGUUUGCAUUAGUCUAGCUUUGAAGGUACAGUGAUUGCCUAUAAAGCUGCAGUUUUCCUUUCUAAAGAGUUAAUUCUUUCCAAUGUCCUCUAGAAUUUGGAGUGGCUUAUUUUACUUAUGUAACUGGAUCCAUGUUGGUUUGUCAAAAUUUAAGUACCCACUACAAAAGAAAGAAGCUACUUUUCUAGUAGAAAACUGACUGUUAAAAAUCACUUAGCUGACGUCACAUCUUUUGUUCCCAUUUGUUAGAUCAUUUUUAUCUGUGGCUUAUACUAGAAAUAAAUCUUUAUACAUCACAUGGACAUCAAAUAUAAACAUGUAACUUUGAAAGCUUAUCCCAUAGAAUUUCUAGAAGAUAGAAAAGAUCAUUGUAAGGUGAGUCUCAGUUUGUGUCAUGUGAUUUCAUUCAUUCAUUUAUCCCUGUCCCCCUAGAGGCAUUAAUGUGACAAGCCUAUUGCAUGCAGAGUGAAACAGACUGCCAUCAACUACUGGUAUGUUACUAAGCAUGUUGAGUAUGUAUUUACAUUUCCCUUACAAAGAAAUGAUAUGGUGUUAGUUUGUUAGUUAUGAAGAGAAUGAGGGGAAAAACUUUAGAGGAAGUUAGUAACAGACAUUACCUUAAUUAAUAGUAUUCUUAAAAUUGUAUGUUUUGUCAUAUCUUUUAUUAGAUUAUGACAGGUUGCAUUAUGAUAGUAAUGAAGGAUAGCUAGUAUUAAUUUUAUUAUUAAACACUAACCAUAAACCAGCUGCAGUUCAAUGCUUUUCAUAAGCUAAUUUUAUUUAUUAUAAAUUAAUUACACAUACUUAUGUAUCACAUACAUAGAUCCUAAUAUAAUUUACCAUCAAGUAAUAUAAAAAAGUAAUUAAGGAAUGUUUUAAGACUAACUUAAUCUACUUAUUUAGGUCAAUAUUUAUGAAGCAGAUCUGUUUCAUGCCUUGCUAAGAACUUGCUAAUGCUAUUUCAUGUUAAUAAAAGAUUUAAGUCUCUGAUAUAGCUGGUGUGCAAACUGCAAGAAUCAUGCAUGUUUUAUGCAUCCUAAGAUUUAUUGCUAAGCUGUUGCUCCUUAGCCCCUUGCUGUCUUGCCCUUUCUGGGUAGGGCUUCUGUGCAUUAGCCUCAGUAGCAUUGCUCCCUGCUGAUAUAAAUACACUCAUGGUUAAUGAACCUGAGGUGUGCUAAUCAAACCUGUGUUUUAUUGACACAGUGACUGUAUUAUUAUACUACAUGAAUGUUCAGCCCUUUCUCUUUCCUUAAUGGUCUAAUGAGCUACUUGCUUUAAACCCAAGUCUUUUCUACACCCUCCUCAUUUUGUCCUGUAGGAGGUGGCCAUUCAAAACAUCUAGACAGGAACUUAACCAGUUAGUUCCCUGCUGACAUUAGUAAAAUACAUAGUAGUCCCUCAGCAUCAAGGAACUUCAGACCUGCAGGGAACAGUUCGACUCCAUUGUUUUUGGUUUUUUUUUGAGAUAAAGGAGUAAUUUUUGUUUGGAUUGCCUCUCCCAUUUUCAAGUAGGCUUAAAAAAAUCCACAUAACCUAACUUUUAUGUAAAUUAUUCUAAGUAUUUUAUUUCUUAAAUUGUAUGAGUAGUUGAAGUGAUUUGUCCCUCUCUUUUGGAAAAAAGAAAACUUUAGACUAGCAAGGUAAAUAUCAGAAUGUACAAUUAUAGUAUCUUACCUGGGCUUUUUGAAUUGCAAAUCAAACUGGGAAACUUAUUUUAAAAUAAAAAUUACUAUAGGUUUGCAAAUUUCAAGUGAAAUCAUGUUAUUUAAUUGACAUAUUAGAAUUUAUGUCUCACCUUUUAGUGAAAUAAAUUUUAGUACUUUUUAUAAAUUCAGGAGAAAGAAACAAAAUGUCAAUUUAUAGUCAUUGAUGGUAUUACAAACCCAGAACAAGUGUUAUAUCAGUUGCUUACAUUUUAGAAUAUCAAAUGUAGCAAAACAAUGUGACUUGUAAACAAUAAGUCUUUAAAAACAAGGAAGAUGACUUUUGUAGUCUAAAACUAUUCAUUUUUCUUCUAUCAAAAUCAAGGUCCUAUGACAUUAUACAUGGGAAUUUUUUGAGUUACAGUUGUGGAAACACAUGGCUUUGUUCUAGCAGAAAAUUUCUGACUAGUCCCUUAAGAUCUGUGCAUUACAGUACAUAAUGAAUUUUAUUGCUCUAAUUAUUUAAACAGUGUUUUAAGACUCCUGGUUCCUGAUAAUGCUUUGAAUUGUAGAUUUAAAAGGAUGAACUUCAAAAUAUCACCUGUUUUUUCAUUCACCAUUUUAUGAAUAUUCCUGUUUUUACUUCCAAGAAGAAAAUAUAUCAUGGUUGUUAUUAUGACUCAUUGAUGAAGUAUGUAAAAUAUGACUUUUUUCAAGCCUUUUAUCAGCAUAUUACUAUGUUUUGUUUAAUUUGAAAUUGGGUCAUCAAGCAAUAGUUUCAUGGUUUUUUUUACAUAUUUUUUGUAGUUUACUGGGUAAUCUCAGUGCAGUGGGGCGAAAACAUGAAGUGAUUUUUAUUUCUUCAGUUACCUCUUGUAUGCCCUGCCAAAUCUCCAAAUCAUAUUUACUAGUGCUAUCUUUGGCAAGUCCCAAGUUUGCUUGUUACCUUUAGUUUUUAAAAAUCUAGUCUAAGGGCUGAAGGGCGUGGCUUAAUGGUAGAGUGUUUUGCCUAGGGUUCAAUCCCUAGCAUGAAUAAGUAAGAAUUAAGUAAUCUAGUUCUGUGUGAAACUACAAGUUCAUAUUCUUCUAUUGCAAGCCAUCAGUUUUGGCUCAACAGAUUUAGAGGAGGAAGCAUACAUAUACAGUAGUCUCUUUCUCUACUACUCCUGCUCCAGGAUUUGUGGCUGAUGAGGUGAGGGCUUGACCUUGUUCUGAGACAGCUGCCUUCACACUCACCUCUGUUUUCCCUGCCUUACUCCUCUCAUUAUGGGAGGCUUAGUUGGGACUAGCUGAGGGAGAGGUGGCAGCUUAGCCUGUUUCAUCUACUGCUGACUUCCUCAUGAAUGGUGUCUAUGAUUUUCCUGAGGUGACGGUCAGUUUUUCCCAGCUCCCUCUGACCUUGAGGGACAGACAUGUUUUCUUUGGGCUUUACCAUGGUUGAUGUUCCUAACUGCCUCUGUUGGUGGGUGUCACUUGGUCAGCUUGGGUUGCUCAGUGAUUUCUGCCAAGAUUCUCCUUCAUUCCCUAUAAGGGCCAUGGGAAUCUGGGUGACCAUGUCUUCCACUGUCCUUUUUGUUUUUUCAGGUAUACUCCAUGCCUGGGACUCCUUGAACAGGCUCUCAGAUAUCUGCAAGCCUGGUCUCUGUGUCUUCAUAUGCUUCCAAACUGCCAGGAACAUACUGUAAACUGAGGAGACCUACAGGUUCUAUUCUUAGAUACCUCCCACCAGGGAAUGAAGUGUUAGUGUUGCCAUUGUGCAUAUUCCCACUCUGUCAGCUGUUCUCUUUGAGCUACCUUACUUACUGGAAAUACUUUAUAUCUCAUACGAUUGACCAUCCAAAAUAAUCCCCUCCUCUUUCCUCUCUGUCCCUAUUCCUCUGUGUAUUCUUUGUGGUUGGACCAGUUGUGCUGACUCUUAUAAGGGAUUGGGAGAAGAGAAUAAGGCCUACCCCUACAUAUUGGCAGCUCUUCAGAGUUCCUUUGUGAUUAGUUAUGGGUCUUAGUGUCAGUUCUGGGCAACAGGAAAAACAUCAGGAUUAGGUUCCUACUUGUGUGAUAAAAAGCCAUCGACAUAAGCUACAGUCUGGGGCUGGUAAGAAGUCCUCAGGGACACAGGUUCCUUCUACCUCACCCUGAAGCAUGUCAAGGUUUCUUCACGGCCAAAAAUGGUAAAAUAAUAUCUGUACUCCAACCAAUAGGCUGGUAAAAUGGGGAAAGGAGAACAGCAAGAGGCACACACUUGAAAUCUCUUUUAAAGUUGCUAGGAAGUCACCACAGAAUUCUUUCAUUUGCAUUCUUCUUAGUCAUCUGGCCAGUCAAAGCUACAAGCUUGCUUGGGAAACAACAGUUUUUAUUCUGAUCAUCCAAAAGUCCAGCUAGUCAUUGCUGUGGAAGGGUACUGGAGGUUGGCUAGCAGCAGCACUAUGACAUCUUUGAAGUUGAUUGCUAAUUUCACCUUUAUCUUUCAUGUCCACUACUGUGAUAGACAAAGUGGCAAAGAAUGUGUGACCUGUCUGACCUUAGCCCCUGUGCAGAUGACUUUCCAUGCUAUUGGAAGCUCCAUUGAAGCCAGCCAUGAUCAGGCAGCUUUAAGUGCCUUGAAACAAUUUUCUGAGCAAAGCCUGGAUCCAAUCGAUGGAACAAUGAAUAUUGAAAAAGCUUCUCUUGAAAAACAAGCCAAGCAUCCGAGAGAGAAAGCGGACAAUAACCAGGCGAGCCCCGGCCCCACCACUCAGGACUGCAAGAAAUCAAAGCCGGCCAUCUAGCAGCCACCAGAACCCACGCUGCUACUGCAUCCUUAUAAACCUGUCAGCACGCAUGAGGGUGUCUGUGUUGAAGGAAAUGAAUGACUAAUAGCAUUAUUUGAGUGUUAUGUGAAGACAACACUAUUCUAACACGAGAGAUAAUAUAAGUAGUACUGUUGAUUCAACUGGCAAAAAAUAAAACUUGGAGCAUUUCCCUUGGAACUUGAGAUCAGAUCAUAACUCAUUCGCCCAGAGGCACUGGAAAUUUGAUCCUGCUACUGGAGCUUAAAAUAACAAUUAAUGAAAAGUGUUAGAAACAGAGCUCAAGUUUUAAAAAUGGUUAAUAGGGAAGUUGGGUUUGGUUCCGUUGUUAGGAUUGUUUUUGUCGUGACGCUUGUGUUCAGUUAUAGUCUCUCUCUCCUUUGAAAUAAUGCCUGACAAUUUGAAAAUUAACCAAUGACGUGCUGUGGAAUGUGAUGGUGGUUGUCUUCAUAUCGAGUCACACUGUUUCUCUUUUUAUGCAGGUAUUUGUAACCCUCAUCCUAUAUCGAUAUGAAUUACUUUAAGGUGCACUACGCAGAGAUGUAUGCAAACAAAUAACUUUUAAAUCAGGUCAGAUAUUUGAUUAAAAAUAUGAAGUAAUGCUAGGAACAAGUAGUUUCCAUAUACUCCAGGAAUUAAAAAAAAAAAAAAAAAAAAAAAAAAGAAACAAAACCAAGCAGUUGUGGGUUUUGAGCUCCAUGAUAUCAUUAAGCACUCAGGGGGCGUCUUGCCUCUGCACCUCAUCUUCCUGGAUUCCACUGUCUGUCGUGGAAAUCCUGCCCACCCAUCUGUGUGUCGUAGCCACUCACUGUUUGAUCAAGAGUGUCUUUAUUAACAGCCUCUGGAGUCAGGACAGUGAGUAGGAUCAAAAUAAACACUGUACAGGGCGGGGAAGGGAAAGACUGUUGGAGAAGCUUCUAGCCAGCCACGCUUUGGACCAGCAUGUUGGAAUCCAGCGUGGGGCAAAUGCAGUAAAAACUUGGUUGGUUUCUGUGUGAAGUGUUGUUCUUGUUGUUUUUUCGAUCCCUCACUCUCAUCUUCUAAAUAUCACCUCAGUGAAACUCAUCUGGAAGGCCACCACCUGGCCUGAUCGUCCUGCCCAGCAGUGGAAUUAAAGAGUGGCCUGUAUCUGCGAAACUGCAGAGCCGCCCCCUGGGUGACUUGGGCCUGAGUCGGUAUGGGUCUGGUCACCAACGUCAUCUCAUUGUUCAGGCUUUCUCCUUAUUGAUUUGCAAACGUUGUGCAAUGAGAAAACAACACUUGUAAGGUCUAACUGCUCGACCCAACCU